GUCCCCUCAAGGUUCCACGAGGCCAAGCAGCAGGCACUAAGGCUGGCGAGCGGCCACCCAGACUGGUGAGUGGCUGCACCUCCUUGAGAGGUGAAUGAACCUAAACAAGACACUGAGUCGUGAGGUGCAGCUGAGCCAUCUACAGAGACCAGCUCCAUUCAGCCAGUGAGCAACCCGAUACCCUCUGCCCAGCUGGCCUUCCCGGGCCCAUGCCAUGCUGCUCACUGUCUACUGUGUGCGGAGGGACCUCUCCGAGGCCACCUUCUCCCUCCAGGUCAGCCCUGACUUUGAGCUCCACAACUUCCGUGUCCUCUGUGAGCUUGAGUCUGGCAUCCCCGCCGAGGAGAUCCAGAUUGUCUACAUGGAGCGACUCCUUGCCUACGACCACUGUUCGUUGGGCUCCUAUGGCCUCAAAGACGGCGACAUGGUCGUUUUACUCCAGAAGGAGAACGUGGGGCCCCGGCCUCUGGGCCAGACAUCCAGCCUGCCUCAGAGCAAUUUCACCGGGACAGCCGUGCCUGGGACAUCCAGCUCCCGGCAGCACCACCAGCACCAGCGGGCACAGUCGGCCCAGCAGUCCCGCGGCCUGGACUCUGGAAAGAAGAUGACCUCUGCUCAAGGGCUGGACAGCCCCACCCUGAUCCGAAACAUGGUGCUUUCCAACCCCCAUGAUCUGUCCCUGCUGGAGGAAUGCAAUCCUGCCUUGGCCAAAGCCCUGCUCAGUAGAAACCUGGAGACCUUUUCUCAGGUCCUGAUGGAGCAGCAAAGGGAAAGGUCCCUGAGAGAGCAAGAGAUACUUAGCCUCUAUUCUGCCGACCCGUUUGAUUUGGAAGCUCAGGCCAAAAUAGAGGAAGAGAUCCAGCAGCAAAACAUUGAGGAGAACAUGAAUAUAGCGAUGGAAGAGGUUCCAGAGAGUUUUGGACAAGUGGCCAUGCUCUACAUCAACUGCAAAGUGAAUGGACAUCCUUUGAAGGCUUUUGUUGACUCAGGUGCCCAAAUGACCAUUAUGAGCCAAGCUUGUGCAAAGAGAUGUAAUAUCAUACGGCUGGUGGACCGACGAUGGGCUGGGAUUGCUAAAGGUGUGGGCACGCAGAGAAUUAUUGGCCGAGUUCACCUAGCUCAGAUUCAAAUCGAAGGUGAUUUCUUACAAUGCUCUUUCUCUAUACUUGAAGAGCAGCCCAUGGAUAUGCUUCUAGGGCUAGAUAUGCUCAAGAGACAUCAAUGUUCCAUUGACCUGAAGAAAAACGUGCUGGUGAUUGGCACAACUGGCACACAGACUUACUUUCUUCCUGAGGGAGAGUUACCUCCAUGUGCUAAGUUGGUAAGUGAAACUGGGCAAGACGAGUCUUCAGACAAGGAAAUAGCAGAUACUAUUAAACAUUCAGUCAUGGAUUCAGGACGAAAAAAGCAUUGAAACAGGCUAUAAAUAUGCCAUCACCUAAGGGAGUCUCAGGUCUCAGGAAAUUAUAAGACAUGAGCUCAUUGGCAAUGUAAUCAUUAAAAACAUCAG